AUGAUUUCCUUUACCGAGGACGAACAGGAUUACUCAACAAUACGCGGUAACGAAGGCUCUCCUGACAACCAAGCAAGCUUCACAGUCAGACCCGAAUCCUCCCCACUUGAUUCCAUGACGGUGCAGACUUAUUCGCCUUUCCUUGAUCGAUCAGGAGCUCCGGCUCCGGAAUGCCACGUGCAGGCGCCAGCGGGGCACGAGAUGACUUACACCAACCAACACUUUAAAGACUCGCUCAAUUCGAUCCUUUACGGGUCGUCCCUUGCAUCGUGGUACAGGGGACAGGGGCUGGUACCUCCACAUACGGAGAACUCUCAGGGCUGGAGCACUUGGGAUGGCGGCGGACCGACAGACAUAAGCACCGACGAUGAAACACGGCAGGCGGCGUUGCUACUUCAAACCCUUGGCGAUGCCCAUGAAAGAACGUGA